AUGCAUUCGCAAUCUGCUUACGCCCGGGCUGCCAUUGCCCUCUUCGCCGCCGCCGCCCCGCUUGCUUCGGCCCAGCUGACCUCGGACUGCAACCCUAUCGAGAACUCCACGUGCCCUCCCAAUGUUGGCCUGGACCAGUACAGAUUCACCAGUGACUUCACCACCGGCCAGAACGAGAGCUGGGAGGGUGCUGCUUACACCGUCAUCAACUACGGCGAUGAUGGUGCCGAGCUCACCAUCAACAAGGAUACCGAUGCUCCCACCAUGCACACCGAGUUCUACACCAUGUUCGGCUACUUCGAGGUCGAGAUGAAGGCUGCCCCUGGUACCGGUAUCGUUAGCUCCAUCGUCCUGGAGUCGGACGAUCUCGACGAGGUUGAUUGGGAAAUCCUCGGUGGCAACAACACCUCCGUCCAAUCCAACUACUUUGGCAAGGGCAACACCACCAGCUACGACCGUGGUGGUUUCCACGACGUCGAGACGCCGGUUGAUACCUUCCACAAGUACGCCUUUGAGUGGACCAAUGCGUCCAUGAGCUGGCUUAUCGACGGCACCGUCGUCCGUACCCUCAAGUACGAGGACGCUCUGGGUGGCAAGAACUACCCCCAGACCCCCGCCCGCCUCAGCCUCGGUGUCUGGUCCGCUGGAACCAAAAACACCGCCAAAGGAACGGUGGAAUGGGCCGGCGGAUACACGGAUUUCGAUGAGGCUCCCUUCACCAUGUAUGUGCGCAACGUCACCAUCGUCAACUACACCCCGGCCAUGAACUACAACUGGACCGACACCACCGGCUCCUUCGAGAGCAUCGAGGCAAUCAACAAGACUGUCGCUGUCAACUCUAGCUCCGUUGAAGCUGCCGCCAGCGCUUCGAGUUCUGCAGCCGCUGCUGGCUCGACCUCGGGCUCCUCAGCCACCAGCAGCUCUGGCGCUAGCUUCGCGCAGAGUGGCAACUCGGCUGCUACGUCGCUGAUAGGCCAGGGGUGGGUCGCUACCAGCACGAUCAGCCUGGUCAGCUUUGCCAUUGGCUUCUCCCUCCUCUAA